AUUAGGCUUGAGGUACAAGUCGACGUCAUGCGAUGCUACCACGUUAGACUUGGGCGCCGAAUCCUGGCUGCUCAGCCGCAGCUCGCGCCGGCCAACUCGGCACCCUAUCUCGCCUUCCGCGUCGCCGGCCCGCCGCGGCCGCGGGCGUCGUCGACAGAGAACCCCGGCUGCCCGGCACCUCGGUUACGACGUCGUCCGAGUGAUGCGGAGCACCUUGCCGCCGCUCUGCUCCAGCCUCCGCCGCCAUACGAAGGCCAAGCGCAAGGCAAAAUCCUGAUUGAGAGAUUUGAGAAGCUUUUGGUCCAGGGGCAGCAGGUCAAAUAGUACCGUCUCCUCGCCGGGCUGCUGGCCGUGCCGUGCCCCGUCGGCAUGUCCCGCCGCGUGCGCGACCGUUGCUUGGAGCUGGAGCGCGCCAUCGCUGAUCGCUUCCGCUCGGGAAACCUUGGCCUAGACGACGACGUCAAGCUGUUCGAUGAAUUGCUGCACCACGCUAGGCCAGCCUCAGUGAUCGCCAUCAAUCAGAUCCUCACCGCUUUCUCUCGCGGUCAGGACAGGGGCUCCUCAACCUCUGCGCUCGUUGUCUCCCUCUUCAACCGGAUGGCCCGUGCCUCCCCAAAAAAGGUGGCUCCCAAUGAGAUCACCUACAACAUCCUCAUCGGUUGCUUCUGCCGCAUGGGACGCCUGGAGCUUGGUUUCGCCUCCUUUGGCCUCGUCCUCAAGGCGGGCUGGAGGGUGGGCACAGUCAUCAGUCCGCUUCUCAAAGGUCUCUGUGAUGCAAAGAGGGUGGGUGAGGCCAUGGAGAUAUUGAGCCGACGAAUGCCUCAGUUUGGCUGCACGCCGGAUGUAUUUUCAUACACCACAGUUCUAAAGGGUUUAUGUGAUGAAAAGAGAGUUGAUGAGGCACUUGAGCUGCUCCAUAUGAUGGAAGAUGAUGGAGGCGAUAGCUGUCCACCAGAUGUGGUGACGUACACCAUAGUCAUUGAUGGCCUGUGCAAAGCUCAAGCACUUGAUAGGGCCGAGGGUGUCCUUCAGCAGAUGAUUCAUAAAGGUGUCAAGCCAGAUAUUCAAACAUAUAAUUGUCUGAUCCAUGGAUAUUGCUCUUCAGGUCAGUGGAAACAGGUGGUUCGAAUGCUGAAAGAAAUGACCGUACAUGGUCAUAAGCCAGAUGUUUUCACUUGUAGUUUGCUGCUGGACUAUCACUGCAAGAAUGGAAGAUGCACAGAGGCUAGAAAGAUUUUUGAUUCUAUGAUUGAAAAGGGCAUAAAACCUGAUGUAACUGCAUAUAGCACUCUGCUUCAUGGUUAUGCUACCAAAGGAGCUCUUUCUGAUAUGCAUGGCCUCAUGGAUUUGAUGGCAGGAAAUGACAUUUCACCUAACCAUCAUACCUUUAACAUAGUUCUCUGGGCGUAUACUAAAGGUGGUAUGAUAGAUGAGGCUAUGCAUAUAGUUGACCAGAUGAGGCAGCAAGGGUUGAGUCCUGAUGUAGUCACCUAUGCAUCAAUAAUAGACGCACUUUGCAAGUUGGGAAGAGUGGACGAGGCUAUGCUUAAAUUCAAUCAGAUGAUCAAUGAAGGGGUGACUCCUGAUAUCGUUGUUUUUGGCUCACUAGUUUAUGGACUGUGCACUGUUGACAAAUGGGACAAGGCUGAGGAAUUAUUUUCUGAAAUGCUGAAUCAAGGGAUCCAUCCCAAUGCCACAUUUUUCAACACAAUAAUGCAUAACCUUUGCAAUGGAGGAUGGGUCAUGGAAGCUCAGAGUCUCCUUGACUUCAUGGUAUGUGUAGGUGUGAGACCUAAUGUUAUCUCGUAUAAUUCAUUAAUUGAUGGCUAUUGCUUAGCUGGUAGGAUGAAGGAAGCUAUAGAGUUACUUGAUGAUAUGGUCCGAGUUGGCUUGAAACCAGAUGACUUUUCUUAUAAUACUUUGCUUCAUGGCUAUUCUAGAGCUGGCAGGAUAGAUGAUGCAGUUAGACUAUUCAGAGAAAUGUUAAGCAAUGAAGUUAAGCCUGGAAUUGUCAGUUAUAACACGGUACUUCAUGGUUUAUUUCAGUCUGGGAAGUUUUCUGAAGCAAAAGAACUCUACGUCAAUAUGAUCAAAAGUGGAAUGCAGUUGAACAUUUACACGUACAGCAUAAUUCUGAAUGGUCUUUGCAAAAAUAACUGUGUUGAUGAGGCAUUUAAAAUAUUUCAAAAUCUAUGUUCUAUGGAUUUUCAACUCGACAUCAUUACCUUCAGCAUUAUGAUUGAUGCUUUUUUCAAAAGUGGCAGAAAGGAAGAUGCUAUGGAUAUGUUCGCUACUAUCUCUGCCCAUGGUUUAGUCCCAAAUGUUGUGACCUACAGCUUAAUGAUACAAAAUCUCAUAAAAGAAGGGUUGCUAGAAGAGUCAGACAAUCUGUUUUCAGCAAUGGAAAAGAGUGGAUGCAUUCCAGACUCAUUUAUGCUAAAUUCUCUUGUUAGGAGGCUUUUGCACAGAGGUGAUAUAAUGAGGGCUGGGGCUUACCUCUCCAAAAUUGAUGAGAUGAACUUCUCACUUGAGGCGUCCACUACUUCCUUGCUAAUAUCAGUUUUCUCGAGGGAGGAAUAUCGGCACCAUGCAAAAUCCCUACCUGAAAAGUAUCAUUUUCUUGUGGAUGUCAAUAAAUGAGUGUUGUGUUCAAUGAAUCAAAUUAUCAACAGUGCUGAUACAUCUAAAUGGUACAUCUUAAUUUGUUGAACUGAUUAUUCAUGUCCCGUACUCUAAUUUACUUAUGAUGUUCUGUUGUCCCAUUUGUUUUUCUCUAGAGAAAUGCUGCUGUGUUGGUGCAGUUAAGUGUUUAUCUCUAGGUAAAAUUAUCUUUAAGCAUUACAGCAGAAUCAAUUUACAAAUUAACUGGCAGCAGUUAAGUCUCUACAUUUUGUUGCUUGUUUGUGAAGAUACCCUGCACUCAUGCAAAGUUUUCUCGAGGGAGGAAUAUCAGCACCAUGCAAAGUCCUUGCCUGAAAAGUAUCAUUUUCUCAAGGAGAUCAAGAAAUGAGUUUUGUGUUAAAUGAAUCAAAUUCUCAGCAGUAUCAUUUUCCCAUUUACUUGCUUUGUUCUGUAGCUUUACACCAGAAUUAGCUUUCAAAUUAACUGGUACUUAAGUCUCUGCAUUUUGUUGCUUGUUUGUGAAGAUACCCUGCACUCAUGGUGAUAAAAUAUAUGACCUGGACCUCUUGAUCCUUGAGGUUAUUCCUAUAAUUUAAGCUUGUUCCCCCACUGUUAGCAGUGUAAAAGGUUUUGAUAUCAUACAAGCUCCAACAACAAGCCCUUGACUUCUAUGUUGUUUUGAUUGAUGGGCUACAAGAUGCCCCCUGAUGAUUGUUUUCCUAUCAUAGCAUCCACGUUGUGACCUUGGUUGGAUUGUUGAUAAUGAGUGCAACUGUGCAUAAGACAUAUCUUUUCAGUAAUUUGGAAAUGGUUUCCGUAUACAUCAACUGCCCACCACAAGAGGGACGACGUAUAGCGAGGAGGAUAAUUCCAUGCGAGAUGACUGGUUAUCAGAGAAUGGGAUGCCGUGAAUAAGAUUGACUUCCUCUCUUUGUCUUACACAAGACAUGCAGAAGAUGUGCGGCAGCUAGAUCAUUAAUGACACCAUGGAGGCAUUUUGAGUUAUUCUGUCUGUCCUCUUUAAUUGUUGUGCUUCUAAGUUAUAAGCAAUAUCUAUGUUUCUUCAAUGAAAAAGCCAGCAUUGCUAUAUUUGAAUACAGUAUCUUCUGUUUGUUUGCAUUCUAUACUUGAGAAGAAGGUUGUCAACAGUGCCAACAUUUGUUCUUUACAACACAGGCAUGGGAGUUCCUCUUGAAAUUGGGUGAUCUUAGCCAGACUCAGAUCUUUGCCAAAAUUGAGAAUGUUGAGGGCCUGAAUCAUUUUGACGAAAUACUGGCUGAGGCAGAUGAUAUCAUUCUAUCAAGACGAAAACCUUGGAAUUGAUCUUCCACUGGAGAAGGUCUUUUUGUUUCAAAAGUCUGCUCUGCACAAGUGCAACAUGGCUGGAAAACCUGCUGUCGUCACUUGUGUUGUGGACAGUAUGACUGACAACCCCAGGCCUACUCAUGCGGAGGCAACUGACGUUGCAAAUGCUGUUCUUGAUGUUUGAAUCAAAGGGGGAAAAUAUCUCCCAGAAAAUGGCACGGAAAAGGACCGAGCCUACUGUGGAGUCGGUGUUGCAACAUCGACAGGCAACAUUGAGCAGAGUGGAAACCUGUAUGGAUUUUAGCCACCUACAAAUCAAAUGGCGCUGAAGUUGAGAUUAUUUAUCUGCACUGUGCAAGCUGCGGGCAUCUAACUGCAAAAAAUAAUUAUCACUGCUUAACCAUAAAUUGUAUAAAAUAAUUCCCAUGUCUUAGCUCACUGUGCAGACAAUACUUCGGUUUGCUGUCAGUAUGAUCAGCGUGUGUAAGAUUGCAAUUGUAUGUUUUUGUUUAACUGUACGAGCAAUUGUUUCAAAAGGAUAAAUCCUCCUCUAUUUUAGGAGCCAUCUACUGUUUGAUGGACCUCUGUCUAAAUUGACACUUGUGUACUAUGUGAUUACUUAUAAUUGACCUUGAAA